CUUUGUCGUCCGUCACCUCUCGAAUGCUGUGGGUGCUCGACGACGAACUGUGGAAGGCCGUCGGGCUCUUCUUCUGGGUGAAUGGCGGAUUUGUCGUCGUCUUCUUCAUCGUGGUCGUCUUUAUCAACAUCUUGACGCGGCGACUGCAGCGCGCCAAGGAGCUCAACGCUGCUGCCGCCACGCGCGCGUCCUCGUCCGGCGCAUCUGGAUCUUCUUCCCCCUCUGCUGCUGCUGCGGCGGCGGCUUCGGUGCCACAUGCUGCAGCAGUACCAGCAACAGAGCAGCAAAGUGCAGUCGUGGACAACGACGACAGCGCGGCUUCACCAGCCACCAAGCCAAAGCGACGCAGCAAGCUCGACUAGAACGUGUGCGCCAGUGUGUUUGUCCUAACCAAGCUCUCUCACCUCCCCUCCCAAUUGUACAUUAAUAAAAACCUCUAGUUUUUUUGCC